AACACCACCGCACGCAUCAUCGCAGUCUGAUCCCGAAGACGACCCAAACGAGACGUCGAAGGCGGAAACGAACGCGAUUCACUUUUUUCCCUCAUCCAUCGGCCGAACGAAACAGAGGAGAGGAAAAAACGCUUCGAAGAAAAUUUGUUUUUCGAACGAGCGACUCGCGACAGCUUCAUUCGACGGAACUGCACCGAGUGGCGCUGCUGGUACGCAACCGGAGGAAGUGGAAUACACCCCAGGCAGGAGCAUUCUGUGGCGUAAUCUGUGCUGCGUGUUAACGCGAAGGACGACGAGUGGAGCGGGUUCCGCGUACGGCCGCUGCAGCAGCGAAAGCACCUCAACUGGCGCCUGUGUCGAAGUUCUUCUACAGCCCCUCGCUACGUCUCCGCGAUUGGAAUUAGAAAGAAACCCUCUGAGCGGUUGCUGCCGUUGAGCACCCAAACAGUCCUGCAGAUCGGUAGCAGAUUCCAGAAGGUUUUAGAGCAUCAACUGAAUUAGCCCCGCGCCGACCGUUUUCUUGAUCCUGUGAAAAAGUGUGACCGGACGACACGGCGGCCGCCGAAGCAGAUCAACUGAAGAACGCUGGAGCCAGGGAUAUCGAAAACGACGACCACAGCGAAGACGACGAGGACGACGACAACGGUAAGCAGCAUCACCACAGCCAUCAUCAGGGGCGACCAUCGCCGACGGAUGAAAACCAGAAAGAACCCAGCUGUAGUCCAACGUUAAGUGUUGACGGUGACAGUAGUGACAGUGAUCAAAAUCUGAAAGAGGAUUACGCCCAGGAAGAGGAAAAGGAAAGGGAGACAGUAGAAGAUCGGAAGCAACUUCCGGAAGAACCGACACUUCGGAACCAGAAGCUCCCAAACGAGGCGCAGGGAAUGCCAUCGGCAGUUAGCGGUGGCGGCGGCGGCGGAGGCGGAGGAAACCAUGCCGGUGCCGGCGGAGGCAAUGGCAACAACAUGAACCCCCAAACCAACGAAGAGUGCGGCAUUCGAGACGUCUGGCGACACAAUUUGGACGAAGAAUUCCGCACCAUCCGGCACAUCGUUCAGAAGUACCACUACGUCGCGAUGGACACGGAAUUCCCGGGAGUGGUGGCCCGGCCGGUGGGCGAGUUCCGCUCGUCCGCCGACUAUCAGUAUCAGUUUCUGCGGUGCAACGUGGAUCUGCUGCGGAUCAUCCAGCUCGGGUUGACCUUCAUGGACGAGGAAGGCCACACACCGCCCGGGUUCUCCACGUGGCAGUUCAACUUCAAAUUUAAUCUCAACGAAGACAUGUACGCUCAGGACUCGAUCGAUUUGCUGCAGAACUCCGGAAUUCAGUUCAAGAAGCACGAAGAAGAUGGGAUCGACCCGCUGGAUUUCGCCGAGUUGUUGAUGACAUCCGGAAUUGUGCUAAUGGACAACAUCAAGUGGCUCAGUUUCCAUUCUGGGUACGACUUUGGCUAUCUGCUGAAGCUUCUGACCGAUCAGAACCUUCCAGCCGAGGAGAGUGACUUCUUCGAACUACUCCGGAUCUAUUUCCCGACAAUCUACGACGUCAAAUAUCUGAUGAAGAGUUGCAAGAAUCUGAAGGGUGGUCUGCAGGAGGUGGCCGACCAGUUGGAGCUACGUCGCGUCGGACCACAGCAUCAGGCCGGUUCGGAUUCCCUGCUGACCGGGAUGGCGUUCUUCAAGAUGCGUGAGAUGUUCUUCGAGGAUAACAUUGACAACGCCAAGUAUUGUGGCCAUCUAUACGGACUGGGAACGUCAUUCAUAGUGAACGGAAGCAACAAUACGGCCAGCAGUAACACCAACAGUAAUUCGAAUGCCAACAUGGGUGGUGGCGGUGGCGGCGCAGGGUCCAAUGCUAACACAAACACCGGCUCGGGGACGACUGGUACCAGUGGUACCGGAACAGGCGGAAAUGGUGGCAACACGGGCGGCUCCUCCACUGCCAACAGCAACGCUAAUAAUAACAACAACAAUAAUAAUAACACAAACAGCAGUAACGCCAACAACUACCACGACAAUGGCGAAACGAACGCGACAUCCUGAUUUCGUCUGUUGGUUCGUUAGGCAAAUCACUUCGAGGACAUGCUGCAACCCUGACAAAGCAAGUAAUAUUCUCUUUAAAGGACACAAACAAUAUUUAUUACAGCUUUAUUACUGGAAAUCCCUUAUCCUCUACUAUAACUAGGCACCGUUGGGCGUUGACCAUUGGGGAAAAAUGAAGAAAACGAGCGUGGUCAUUCAUUUUCUCAUAUUUUUUUUUUAAGUUCAGCUGAAAAAGAGAGGUAACAUCUAUCCGUUAGGUUUAUUUCUCUUGAAUCAAAAAACCUCAUUUUAUCAUCUUUGACGAAUGAUAGGCGCCACACUACUGAUUAACACAAACGAUACUUUUAACAGCUGAUCGAAAGGAGGAGGAUGAAGAAACGAUUAGAGUAGUUUUUUUUUUAUAAUUUACGCAUUUUCUAUUAAACAGAGAAGAAGGAUACAGUGUAGCUAGCAAGAAUCAACUCUGAAUCCAACAUGGAAGAGGGACGCAAUUACCGCACGUAGGAAUUAGUAGCAAUUUAGAUUUAUGUUUUAGAGUACCGAUUCUGAUACGUUUCUUGUGGACCACCAGCAUUCAGAUCGGUAUGCGCAGUGCGGCAGGUCUUAAGAAAGAAUACUAUAGAUUUUAGCUGACUAAACCAAGUUGUUAAGGUCACAACGUGUAAUUAUAUCGAAAGGGGUCUUUAGAAAGGUUAUUAUCAAGCUUUGUUUUCAUAUUCAAGCAAAGAAAAGUUAUGAAAAUUGCACUCUGUAAACCAAUGUUGUUAGAAAUAAACAAAACGAAUCGAAUGAAUGCGGGAAGAUUCUCUUGAAAGCAGCAGAAUUAGCAAACCACAACAACGGGAAAUGGGUGAAAAAAUGAGGAAUCUGAAAUGGUCGCAUUACGUUAACAGAGGAUCAAUAUCUAAGUGAGGACGAUAAAAGACUCGGAUACACUUUACAACAGUUUGCUAUAUUAUAAAUUCCUACGAUGGGCAUUUUGUAGAAGCCACAAGCAACAUAGAAGUAUAAGGAUUACAUUUUUGACAUGUUAAUAUUCAAAAAGUAAAAUAAUGAAAGCAGUAAGAUGAAAAAUUAAAAUACACACAUACACUUAUAUAUAAAAAUAAAAAUGUUUUAUUGAUUCAAACUUAA